AAAAAAAGCUCCUUUUGCUCUUUGCGUAAAUGAACAAUUGGAAGUCAAUACUGCAAUCUUCGUUGAAGGAUAACAUUGAAAAGGUGGGACCUUCGGCAACUUACGCUGCCAUGGCUACUGUUAGACGCGAUAAUACUCCAGCUGUUAGAACGGUUGUUACCCGAGGGUUUGCUGGAGAAAAUCAUGCAGAAAACUUUGGCUGGCAUAGCGACUUGCUUGUUGUCAUUACAGACAAGCGCUCAGAUAAGAUAAAAGAGAUUCAAGCGAACCCCAAUACCGAGAUCAACUGGUACAUGAAUGGCACAAUGGAGCAGUUCCGAAUUCGUGGCAAAGUCAACAUUGUCGAAAAGAAUUACGUUGAAACAAAGUUGGAACAUUUAAAUAGUCAUUUUGACCAAGUAGAGACAGCUGGUAAAUAUGACCAAAAAAGUCUAGGUUUGCAAAUGUUCCUCAAACAGCAAGAGUCAGGUUCGACAACAAACACGUUUAACUGGCAAGCAGAAAGAUUACGCCAUUUUUAUCAAUUCGGUGCCAACAUGAGAAAGGACAUGACAAUUGAAAAGAAACAAGCACUCCAAAUCGACAGUAUCGAUGAACAUGGUUGGUUUAAAAGUGAACAGGUACAAGAUCUUUUAGAAGAAGCAUUCGAAAAUUUUGUUUUGCUUGUGAUAGACGUAACCUCUGUACGUCACUGGACCCCGACAACUGGAACAAAAGUAAUCCUAUGAAAAAAAAAAAAAAAAAGUCACCUGUGCUGCAUCCUAUUCUUUUGGAAACUACUACUUCUUAUGAUGAUGUAUUAAAUACAUUAGCCACCACAUGUUUAUUGUGUUUGAUCCCUUUAAAUCACAGAUUGUGUACCUUUUUUAAUAAAGUGCAACCAGCCCAAAAAAGAGCUGCUAACUCAUUAAAAAGUAAAAUCAGUUAAUCAAAACGUGCAUGUAGUGUCUAAAUAUGUAAAAUAAAAGUAUAUGAUGAUUUCCCACGCUUGAUAUUUAUUGGGUUCACGAUAGUAGAAGAGCAUCGACAUUUGACGCAAGGA